AUGUCGCGGAGGACGCUGGGCGGAGGUCGUGUUCUGGGAAACCCGAGCGCUCUCGCAGCAGCUCCGUCCCCGCAGCCGAAGAGGGUGCUCUCGCCAGCUGCUAGCAGCGUUUCCAUCAACUCGCAGACGUCCGCAUCACAAAUAUCCUCAGAGACCCAGGAUCUCACCUCAAGAAUAUCUCUAGAGAAUGGCGGUACUUCUAUAUCUGCCGCUCCGGCUGCUCCGGGGGCCCAGCUCUCCUGUCCGAUCUGCAGUGAGGAGAUGAUGACUUUACUCCAGUUGAACCGACAUCUCGACGAUAUCCACCAGAAUCUCGAAGACGACCGACAGGAUGAAGUCAAAGAUUGGUUCAAAUCACAGAUGGAAAAGGCCCGAAAAUUCCAACCCCUCGCAGUUUUGAACCAGAAGUUGAAGGGCCUGGAUGUGUUCGAAUCAAAUGAGAAUCAGGGUGCGCCUGUCCUCAGUCGGCCGCUCGCAACCCACGCAGAGACCCCCGAACCUCCAAGACCCCUUGACCCUGAGGAUCUGAUUACAAAAGAACACUGGCAAACAAGCUAUCUUUACGAUGAAUGUUUGGAGCCUUCAUGCGGAAAGCGAUUGAAUGCCACCAAUGGUUGCGUGAAUUGUCGGAGCUGUGGAAAGUUAUUCUGUGAGGAGCACACUAUGUACCAGAUGAAGCUCUCGCGAGCGGCACAUCACGAACCGGUACGAGGGAUAUGGGCCCGGGUGUGUGAAACUUGCUACAAGUCAAGAGAGGGAUACAAUGAUCAUACUGGAACCAUUCGCAACCAGACGGAUACAUUUAAGUCAAUCAGGAAACAGACUGUUGAUAAGGACUUUUUGGAAAUAUCCCGACUCGAGAAACGUCUGACCCGUCUAACCCAACUGUUGGCCAGUCUGCCUCCCGAUCAAAUACACCCCAGUGCAACCAAACUAUGGUCUCUUGCAUGGCAGAGUGAUCAACGCAAAGAGCUAGAACAAACAAUCGUUAGCUGGCAAGAUGAUGCUAGCGUUUCACGGUGUCCCUUUUGCCAGCAGGAUUUCUCAGGCUAUACAUUCCGCCGACACCACUGCAGGACCUGUGGGCGAGUCGUUUGUGGUGAUCCUGAUACAGAAUGCUCCGGCGAGGUCGGGCUAAGCAUUGCUCCUUUUGCGCCAGCCAAUACGGAAAAAACCAACACAGAGAACCUCGUCAACGUGGACAUAAGAUUAUGCAAGGAGUGCAAAUCGACACUCUUCGAUCGUCGAGACUUCAAAAUGGAUAUUACCCGAAAACCACUGGAGCUCAGAGCCUAUGAGAACCUCAUCCAGUUCGAAAGGGGAAUCCGCCUACAUCUACCUCGAUUCCAAAAGCUGUUGACAGCUCUACAAGACCCCAGGCGGCCUCCAUCAUCCAACCAAAUUGCGGACGCUUCUAAGGUCCGCAAGCGACUGAUUGAUUCCUUCGCACAGUAUGAUGUUGCUGCUAGAAGGAUUCGUGACAUGCCUACCGAAUCUCCCACCCAACAGCGGCUACAGAAAGCUAUAUAUCAGCAAGCUAGCAACUUUCUCCAUCUCCACAUGCUGCCGCUGAAAACUCUACCCAAGGUUCUCAAGCAUUCCACCCCUGCCUCAGAGAGAAUUCCAAGCCGUGCGAAUACCCCGAAUACCUCAACCAAUGGCUCAACUUCAACUCUCCGAUCUCCCGAGCCUGCUCUCUCGUCGAUAAAAUACAACAGCAUCGCUGCUAGUGGCAGCAACACCAGUCUAGCCAGCGAUACCAGCAGCGCCGUCUCGGCCCUGGAAGCAGAAGAGAAAUCUCUGCGAGAUCGAUUAAUAGUGUUGGAGGAGCAGAAAUUUUUUGUUUCCGAGAUGAUUGCCGAUGCCAACCGACGACGUAAGUUUGAUGAAGUCAGCAGCCUAGCGAUGAAUGUGGAGGACCUGAGCCGUGAAAUCGACCGUGUUAGUGGCAUGCUUGCGGGUCUGGAUUUUGAGGGUGUGUAUACCGGUAAUUUGCAAAGCACUUGA